AUGAGGUUUGGUAAAAAGGGGAAACUUAGCCCCUGGUAUGUUGGGCCUUAUGAGAUCUUGAAGCGUGUCGGAAAGGUCGCUUAUGAGUUGAAAUUGCCCAUCGAAUUGGCCCCGAUUCAGCCGGUGUUCCAUAUUUCUAUGUUAAAGAAGUGCAUAGGUGACCCGGUGUCCAUUCUCCAUCUAGAAGGUUUAGGGGUGACUGAAGAGGUUCCGGUUGAAAUCUUAAAUCGUCAUGUUAAGAAGUUGAGGAAUAAAGAGGCUGCCUCCGUAAAAGUCCUAUGGAGAAACCACCUAGUCAGGGUGCACAUGGGAGGCUGA